CCAAAAUUGAUUCUCCACCCUCCCCACCCCUUUCUCUUUACUUUCAACCUUGGACUCGGCCUAAUACAAAUAAUUCCUUUCCUUCCAACGACUAAGUCCUCCUCCUCCUCUCCUCCUCCUCCUCCUCAUUCCGUAUAUUUUAAUAAACCAGCUCCUCAGCGCCUGUUAAUCGAACACCUUUCUCGCACACUGCGACUACAAGCUCCUGCUACCUUAUGGGCAACUCCAGUUGCGCGUGCCUCCGCUCGAGCUUCGACGAGGACGAUGCGGCGGCAGCGGCGGCGGCGAAGAAGAAGAAGGGUUAUGGACAUGGCCAUGGACGCCAUCGGCCCAACCCCUUCGCCGAGGACCCGUUCCACUCCCCCGUGCGCGUGCUCAAGGACGUGGUGCCGCUCGGGGGCGGGGGGCACCGGAGCCGAGUGGGGGACAAGUACGUGCUCGGGCGCGAGCUCGGGCGCGGGGAGUUCGGGGUGACGUACCUGUGCACGGACCGGGAGACGCGCGAGGCGCUCGCGUGCAAGUCCAUCUCGAAGCGCAAGCUCCGCACGGCCGUGGACGUCGAGGACGUGCGCCGCGAGGUCGCCAUCAUGUCGGCGCUCCCGGACCACCCCAACGUGGUGCGGCUCCGCGCCGCGUACGAGGACGCGGACGCCGUGCACCUCGUCAUGGAGCUGUGCGAGGGCGGGGAGCUCUUCGACCGCAUCGUGGCGCGCGGCCACUACACCGAGCGCGCCGCCGCCGCGGUCGCGCGGACCGUGGCCGAGGUGGUGCGCAUGUGCCACGAGAACGGCGUCGUGCACCGCGACCUCAAGCCCGAGAACUUCCUCUUCGCCAACAAGAAGGAGACCUCCCCUCUCAAGGUCAUCGAUUUCGGCCUCUCCGUCUUCUUUCGCCCCGGGGAGAGGUUUACGGAGAUUGUAGGAAGUCCAUACUACAUGGCGCCUGAGGUGUUGAAGAGGAACUACGGGCCUGAGGUAGACAUCUGGAGUGCUGGGGUGAUUCUUUAUAUCUUACUCUGUGGGGUUCCACCCUUUUGGGCUGAGUCUGAGCAAGGUGUCGCGCAAGCGAUCCUACGAGGAUUCAUUGAUUUUCAAAGGGAGCCAUGGCCUCAAAUUUCGGAGAGUGCAAAGAGUCUUGUCCGGCAGAUGCUAGAGCCGGACCCAAAGCAGCGACUAACUGCUCAGCAGGUUCUCGAGCACUCAUGGCUGCAGAAUGCAAAGAAAGCUCCAAAUGUUCCACUAGGAGAUAUCGUAAGAGCAAGGCUUAAACAGUUUUCGGUGAUGAAUAGAUUCAAAAAGAAAGCCAUGAGGGUAAUUGCUGAGCACCUUUCAAUUGAAGAAGUGGAGGUUAUUAGAGACAUGUUUACGCUAAUGGAUACAGAUAAUAAUGGAAAGGUAACAUUUGAAGAACUCAAGUCUGGACUUCAAAAGGUUGGUUCUCAACUAGCUGAGCCAGAGAUGAAGUUGUUGAUGGAGGCGGCUGAUGUUGAUGGAAAUGGUUACUUAGACUAUGGCGAGUUUGUGGCGGUAACUAUCCACUUACAAAGACUAUCGAAUGAUGAGCAUCUCCGUAGGGCGUUUGUGUUCUUCGACAAAGAUGAGAGCGGCUAUAUUGAAUUCGAAGAAUUGAGAGAAGCCCUAAAAGAUGAUUCUGGGGAAGCCGAUACUGAAGUGGUGAAUGACAUUUUGCGGGAAGUCGACACAGACAAGGAUGGUCGAAUCAGUUACGAGGAGUUUGUAGCGAUGAUGAAAACUGGUACUGAUUGGAGAAAAGCAUCGCGCCAGUAUUCAAGAGAGAGGUUUAAAAGCCUUAGCAUUGAUCUUAUGAAAGAUGGCUCGUUGUCUCUGGCAAAUGAAGCUAGAAGUUGAAAUAGGCGACGAGCUUACUUUGUUGCUGAAGGAACUGAACCACUCAUUUUGUGGUUUAAGAGUUUGCGACAUCAAUUGCUCACUGUAAAGAUGUGCAUUUUGUUUCCUUUUUUUGUUUCCUGUUGGAUUCUUACAAGAUUAUUUUGCUUUCUUUUUUUUUUUUUAUUACGUUUUUCCCCUCUUUUUUUUUUUGUUUUUUUUUAACGUUUCUGUGUACUUUAUUCGUCUUAGAUGUGGAGGGUUGGUAGGAUGAUUGUGAAUGCAGAGAACUUAGCUUGAUGAAUUUCAGAAACUAUAUGUAAUUAUGACUUGAGAAAUGAAAUGAGAAUUGAACCAAUGGUUACAUUCCUA